AUGCAGAUUGUUUUGGGAACUAUUCUUCUAACCAUAGCAGUUUUCCUGCUUGAAUUCGGUGAAUCAGUAGAGGUUUUCGAAGAAAACGGUCACGUAUUCCAUUUUUAUAAAGACCAUGGAGAUGGAAUAAUAUCAUACGGCGAAAUUCCAUUGUUAGGUGGUGUUGAGCCCAUCAGCCUUCGCAUAUAUACCGAUAGAGUGCUUUACUUCGAGCAAAGCGUGAAUGGAAAGCGUGAUAUGAAACGUGUAUUAAAACAAGAACUUAAACAAAUUAGAGCCGUGCCACGAGCUGAACGGCGUCGAAGAGUCCAAGAAGCACAAGUCCAACAAGCACAAGUCCAACAAGCACAAGUCCAACAACCACAAGUCCCUCUGCCUGCGCAUCCACUCCUACAAUGGCAGCAAGAACCACCACGCGCAUCUCUACAGAGGAUGAGAAAAUAAUAUAACUGUAAAAGCAGUAUUUAAUUUUCCAGAAUAAAAACUAAAAGUAGUGCUGCAAAGUACUAUGGUUGGAUUCA